GUCAGUCAGUCUCCGGUCCCGUGUAUCACCGUCGUGGUCCGCGCACGCAACGAGAACAAGCAUAACGGCCGCCCGCUAUACCGCAGUGCAUGUGCGUGCGUACAACAGUGUUUCGAGUGUGUGUAUCGCGAUUUAUACCGCCGCAGCCGCUUGUUCGUAAUAUUACGUAUAUAUAUAUAUACGUAUGAUUAACUAUAUAUUAUAAUACACACAUAUAUAUAUAUACAUAUAAUACUUACUUAUACCUACCGCGGCCACCCCGUGCGCGGGGGGGAAUGUACGCCUGGCGUCCGGCCAACUGCGAGUAAAAAUACGUAAAAUAUAUUAUAAUACCGCGACAGUACAAUAAUAAUAACGAUACAUCGGUUAAAUGGCCUUUGCUUUUCGGACGUCUCGCUGAAUUCACGUAGCAUUCGUUAUAUUUGAUACAUUAAUUGUAUAUACGCGACGAGCGUUUUUUGACGAGAAAAGAAAAAAUCGGAUCGCGAUGGUACACCGCAAUAACGUCCACGCCGUCACGGUGUGCGUUGUCGUCGUAGUGACUUUCGCGGUAUUUUCGUGGGCGCCCGCCGACGCCGAUCAGUCGGACACGGCCGACCCGUGCUACGACGGCGACCGGGCGCGUCGGUGCGUUCCUGACUUUGUCAACGCUGCGUACGGCGGUCACGUGGAGUCGACCAGCACGUGUGGCGUUGGUGGCCCCGAGCGGUACUGCGAGUUGGGUCCCACGUCCCAGGGUGUCUGCCACACGUGCGACGACACGCAGCCCAAACGCCGUCAUCCGGCCGCCUACCUGACCGACCCGAACAACCCGUACAACGCCACGUGCUGGAGGUCCGAGACACUGUCUGCGCAACCGGUGGAUCCGGCAUCGGCACUACCGCCGCCCGAUAACGUGACGCUGACGCUGUCGCUGGGAAAAAAGUACGAGCUCACGUACAUCAACCUUCAGUUCUGUCCAAAGGCCGCCAAACCGGAUUCUAUAGCAGUAUACAAGAGUAUGGACUACGGAAAAACGUGGCAACCGUUCCAGUUCUACUCGGGACAGUGUCGCAAGGUGUACGGCCGGCCCAACCGGGCCAUAAUCACCAAGGCCAACGAGCAAGAGGCUCUAUGCACGGAUUCGCACCGAUUCAACGGGGCCGGGUCGUCGGCAUCCCGAGUCGCGUUCAGCACGUUGGAAGGCCGGCCAAGCGCCAUCGACUUCGACAACAGCCCAGUACUCCAGGACUGGGUGACGGCCACUGACGUGAAAAUAAUAUUCAACCGGUUGCACUUCCCGUCCGCGCCUCCGGACUCAUCCGCCAGCGCUGCAGCGACCACCGCCAGCAGCACCGCCAGCACCACUACCAGCACGGCCACCAGCCUUUUUGCCGCCGGGGCAGAUCCAAAGUCAGAUUCGGACGAACCACUCAAUGGGAACAAGACGGGUGCUGAUUUGCUCAUGUUGAACCCGGACCAAGAGUUGCAGGGACACGAACCCGAGAAAACCACUGUCGUCGUUCCGGUGACCACCGCGUCGCCGUCGUCAGGCCGCACGUACCAUUAUGCCGUGUCCGACCUGUCGGUGGGUGGCCGGUGCAAGUGCAAUGGACACGCGUCCAAGUGCAUACCGUCAGGUCCCGGAGGAUCGCUGGUAUGCGAUUGCAAGCACAAUACAGCUGGACGAGACUGCGACCGAUGCAAGCCAUUCCAUUUCGACAGGCCCUGGGCUAGGGCCACUGUUCGCGAUCCCAACGAGUGUAAACCUUGUAACUGCAAUGAACAUGCAAAACGAUGUCGGUUCGACAUGGAGCUGUACAAACUGUCAGGUCGGGUGAGCGGUGGCGUGUGCCUUAAGUGUAGACACUUCACGGCUGGCAGAUACUGUCAUUACUGCAAGGAGGGAUACUACAGGGAUCCUACUAAGCCCAUAACACAUCGAAAGGCUUGUAAAGCAUGCAACUGUCAUCCAGUUGGUGCAUCCGGUAAAACAUGCAAUCACACUACUGGCCAAUGUCCAUGCAAAGACGGUGUGACCGGGAUAACAUGCGACAGAUGCGCUAAAGGAUACCAACAAAGUAGAUCGCAGAUCGCACCAUGCAUAAAAUUGCCUUCAAAGAUUUUUGUGAACCAAAUGUCGUCGGAUGCUCGUGCAGCAGGAAAUGAAGGAGGAGACGAAGGAGAUUAUGAUGAAGAUGACGAAGAUAACCACCACGAUCAAUGCGGCAAGUGUCGAUCCGGAACCAGGAGACUAAAUUUGAACAAGUACUGCCGCAGAGAUUACGCGAUACUGGGCAAAAUGUCGGAACCGAUAGUGUCUAAAAACUGGGCCAAAUUCACGAUGAACGUGCAGUCAGUGUACAAGCGUGGCCAGGCGUCGAGACUUCGCAGGGGGCCGACCACAUUCUGGAUACACGACAACGACCUGAAGUGCAAGUGUCCCAAGAUCAAGCCUGGAAGGCUUUACCUGAUCCUCGGCAAGGAGAACGACGGCGAACGGCGCGACGGACUGGUGUUGACGCAGAGAUCGAUAGUGAUCGAGUGGCGAGAAGAGUGGCACAACCGCAUGCGGCGGUUCCAGAGACGGGCCCAACACUGCGAUUAAAAAAAAAAGGAAAAACGUCAUUAAAAACUACAAUAUAUACCCUCAGCGAGAAAUCACCUUUAAGAUAUACAUAUAUAUAUCACUCACCAGAACCACCAACAUCCCCCCCACCACCACCAUCACUACUCCAACUUUCUCGUUCCCUGCAGGCUUCUAUAAUAAUAAUAUAUACGAUACGAGUCUCCCCUUAUUAUAUGGUUCUUUUCGUCCUUAUUACAAUAUUAGGUACGUAGGUACGUAGGUAGGAUACUCUUCAUCCGUAAUAUAUUAUUAUUAUUAUAAUAUAUACAGCCAAACACGAAUAUUUAUUAUUUCUAUAUAGACGUUAAUCGUUUUAAUUCGUCGACGUGCGGUGUAAUGUUAUGUGUGUGCGUGUACAUUGUGUGAGUACUAUAGAAAGAACACACGGCGUAACCGG